GAUACCUCAGAGGGUCAAGUCCAAGCAUUAUCUUUAAGAACAGGUGAAGCUGGUAUACACAGUGCAUACAGUCUCUUCUAUAUACUGAGAUGAAGAGGGACUUCAUUCAGCUUCUGACGCUGCUCCUUACUGUCCAGAGUGUUUUUUCCCUGGAAAGUAGCGAAUGCAAAGCGCCAAGAUGUGACUUUGUGUGCGACUGCACCGACUGCAGCGAUGAGCAGGACUGUGGUUAUCGGGGGAGAGAUUUUGUGUGUGAUUUUGAGGACGCGAGGACAUGUGGAUGGACGGAUAAGUCGGCUGUAGGUAAUACGUACGUGUGGGAAAGACGUCAGAGUGGAAACCCGCUGCCCAACAGCGGCCCCACAUCUGACUACACCAUCGGCACAUCAGCAGGUUGGUUCAUGGCAGUAAGUGCAGUGAAUGCACAGUCUCCAAGGACAGCCGUCCUGACAUCUCCCACAAUGCAACAGUCCUCCCUGAGCUGUCGCCUUCAUCUCCGCUACUUUAUGUGGGACUCGAGUUUGACCGCUCUAGAAGGCAGCUCUCUUUGGGCAGAAGUGUGGACUCCUGAGGGUCAGAAUGCUCUGGUGUGGAGACCAGAGAGCUCGAGUGUCCGUGCAUGGAGGGAAGGCAUCAUCUUCUUGGGACGCAUACCUGGCCCUUUUCAGAUCCAGAUACACUCACAGUGUCAACAUGGGAGAAGUGGAGACAUAGCGAUCGAUCAGCUGGAGUUCAUGGACUGUGCACUUCCAGCUCCUGUAGGCACUGAGGGCUGCAGGGUAGGCUUUUUCCAGUGUAAACAGGGAGGCUGUGUGGAAGAACGUGCAGUGUGUGAUGGCACAGAUGAUUGCGGAGAUGGAACAGAUGAGGAGAAUUGCGCAGGGUAUAUGAGCUGUAACUUCGAGGAAGAUAAGUGUGCAUGGGACAUAAGGUCUAUUUCAGACCUUAAGUGGAUUUGGACCAGUCAGAUGAAUAUCUCCAUGUCUGAGCCUCUGAGAGGCCCUGGGAGAGACCAUUCCACCAAUUCUGCUAAAGGUCAUUUCCUGUAUGUUACGAAACCAAAUGAGCUCAUGCAGGAUUGGACAUCAUUUCAAAGUCAUCCCCUGGAGCCCACCAAUAGCUCACAUCCUUGCCGUAUGGUGAUGUACACACACCAGUUUGGUGGUGUAUCAGGUGGCCUAUCAGUGCUGGUAGCAGAGAGACAGAUUUACCCAGUGUGGGAGCGUGGGGGCUCACUGGGUGAUCUGUGGGUUAAGGCUGAGAUAGAGUUUGUAGUCAACAGCGAAUUUCAGAUAUUGUUUGUUGCUGCGAUUAGAGACCAAGCAUAUGGAGGCAUUGCAGUUGAUGAUAUCACACUGUCUCCUGAAUGUCGUUUGGCUAAUAAUUCAGUAAAACCAGAGUUUCCUAAACCUCCCAAAAAACCCUGUGCAGAGGCCAGCAAGAUUUGUGACUUUACAAAGGACUGCACAGAGGAAGAGGAUGAAGCACAGUGUGGAGACUUUUCAUAUGAGCAGGGUAUCAAGGGUUGGACAGACACCAGUAUCGGAAGUCAAGGCUGGAAUAGGAUGGAAAAUACCUCAUCUUCAGAGGUGUUUUUAUAUGUGGCUGAAGCUGCUGGUCAGCAGCUGACAGAAGCUCAAACACGCACCCCUUUACUCGGCCCGUCCGGCCUCGCCUGCACUCUCCAGUUCUCCUACAGUCUCACAGGCUACAACACACACAUAGGUGAAGUGUCUGUAAUCGUAGUGGACAGUGUGUUGGGCUCACUGCCUCGGCUGUGGGAGUUUGGUGGGAGGACAGGUGAAAACCUAACUGACUCAUGGGUAAAAGAAGAGGUCUAUAUUGGUGCCAGAGAUCAUCGGUUCCAGCUGGAAUUCAGAGCUCAUGCUCAAACUCUUACCUCAGGGGCAAGAAUAGCAGUGAAGGAUGUUCAUUAUGUCAACUGCAACCCAGAGUAUAUUCCCUCAACUAAUGAUGGACUAUCGUGUAACUUUGAGACUGACUUAUGUGGAUGGUACCAAGAUCAAAUGGACAACUAUGACUGGAGUGUUCAGAAUGGCGGUGAUCACACUAUUGGAGUUGGUAAAAGCCUGGUGGUGGAUAUGUGGAACACGAAAUUAAGGGGUCUCUCUGGUCGUCUUCUUUCACUCAGCCAGAACUCAAUCGAUGAGCACUGUCUCUUAUUCUUCUAUAAACUCUAUGGCCCUCAAACAGGUGCACUCAAUGUUAAAAUGCUUUUCAAAGACGGAUCAGAGCAGCUGUUAUGGACCCGGUUUGGGUCACACGGAAAUGUUUGGCAGGAAGGACAGUGCCCAGUGCCUCAACAAAUUAUUUCCUAUCAGUUAGUGUUUGAAGCAGUGCGCUCAGGUUUUGAUGGACAGGUGGCUAUCGAUGACGUGGCAUUUGUAAAAGGCCCAUGCUCUCUGCCUUCUAUGUGCUCGUUUGAGGGUCAGCGCUGUGGCUACACUAACAAUAGAGAUGGUCUCUGGGUUCACCAGGCGUGGGAUGCAACAAGGAUUGGCCCUAAGACCGACCACAGUCUUGAGACAGAGAUGGGUUACUACAUGCUGGCCCACAGUGGUGCGAAUGUCCUUCCACAGGGCAGUGUGACGACUCUGAACUCUCCUGUACGCCGUGGUGUGACUCACACUGAGUGUGUCUAUUUCUGGUAUAACAUGGUGGGACAAAACCCAGGGUCUUUGAGUGUGUAUGCAAAGCCUGCUGAUGGGGACAGGAUCCUGCUCUUCUCUAACAGUCUGGAUCGGGGAGAAGUCUGGCGCCUUGGCAUGGGCAAUGUUAGUUGCCAUGGAGACUGGCAGUUGCAGUUUGAGGUGCAGGGAGGAGGAGGAAAAGACACUUAUGUUGCUAUUGAUGACAUCAGCUUUUCAACUCAUAUCUGUCCUACAACAGACAUAUUAUGUGAUCUGGAGCAUGGUCUAUGUGGAUGGAGCAACACUCAGAGCCACCAUCUGGACCAGUUAGACUGGGAGCUAAGCAACCUGUUGUCUGAAACACACUACCCCACCCCACCACACGACCACACACUGCAAAAUGAGAGAGGUCACUUCCUUUACCUUCCACACACUCCACGAGACUCUGCUGGCUAUAAUGCCUGGUUGCUGAGUCGACAUCUUCCUCCUACUAAAGGCACCUGCCUGUAUUUUUGGGUUUAUCAGCCUGUUUCUGAUGACAGCAAGUUGGUGGUGUGGAGGCUCUCCAACGGGGCCAAAAAUGAACUUUUUAGCCUCACAGGGGCUGAAGGAACAUGGAUGCCUUUUAGAUUAAAUGUAUCUUCGGAGACUGAGUACCAAAUUGUGUUUGAGGGACUUAAAGGAGCAAAGGGUGUUCUUGCGUUGGAUGACUUUGGCUACAGUGUUGGCGUCAACUGUGUUGGAGAGCAGACAGACCAGAUAAGUUCAUCAUCACCUAACAACACAGGAGUCAUUGCUGCAUCUGUGCUAGUAGCCAUUCUGCUGAUGGUAACACUAGCUGUGUUACUGUUUCUGUACCUAAGGAUGCGUGAGCGUACCAAUUCUCAGAGACAGGACUCAAGUGGUCAAGAGACUCAUACAGGCUUUACAAAUGAUCUGUAUGAACCUAAUCAUGUUGUUUUACCUUCUGUCUAUAGUCAGGAGCAUGAGCGGAGUGUAUGAUUGUGCAACAUGGUGAAAGGACCAAGAUUUCACAGCUAAAGAACUGCUUGUAUCAUUGCAUCCACACGUCCAUAAAAGCAUGCAGUAGACUACUCAGUUCUGUUAGUAUUCAAUCAAAUUCAAUUAAACUGUAUUACAAUACGGUAAACCAAGAGACAUUUUGAAACUUUUUCUAAUACAUUAUCAUUUAAAUGGUAACAAAUCAUACAGGGACUUGUAUUGCACAUGCUCCACAUACAUAUGUGUGCAGUUCUUGACAUUGAAGUCUUCUAUCAGGAGAUGCUUAACAUUUAUGGAAGGAGUCUCCAAUCUUUUAGUCUUUCCAAGAAUGGAAAAUAUGCAAGAUGGAUGGCUUCAUGGUUUAGUGGUAACAUGGCAAGCUGCAUUUUUUUUACUUAUUAACUUCAAAAGUUAAAAAAGGCAUAUUGGUGAGGAAUUAACUGAUGUUUUAUUCAUUAACGCUUGAUGGUGGUCUGCGCUGCUGAGAUUGGUAGUAUGUGAGUGGGCCCAGGGCAUACUUUUAGUAAAGAAGGCAAGAGCUAGAUGAUAUUAGUAAUGGAACAGUACAGUAAAAUAAUAUUUAUAUACAGUCUAUUACUGAUAGAAUAUUCUAUUACUGAUUAGUAUUAUUACUAGUAGUAAUACUAGUACUAAUGGUUAAAAACUCAUUGCAGUGCAUGAUCUGACAACACGUAUACAAAUACAGUUCUAAAAGCUAAUGCACAAACAUAAAGAAAUCAUUUAAUGCUGUUUGAAUGAACAUUUUAAAGUAUUUACAUGUUAAAAGCAAGGAUUUAUCAUUAGCCUUCGGGGUUUGAACUUUAAAAUGACUUUAUAUGCAAAAUGUGACCUGUGCUAACUACUGUAGCUGUCUGAGUGUUUACAACAAGAACUAAAUUCAGUAAAAUAUAUCAUGUGAUCUUUCAUUGUUAAAACCCUUUUUUACAUAUUUGUAAUAUGUAACAAACCACUGAUUAAAAGUAAUAAAUCGUAUGUACAUCA